GUUAGAGCAGCUAUCCAAUGUCAUAACUCAACUUCAGCUACUUCUACAAAUUCUGUAUUCUUUGGCUCGAUGACCAAUAACGAUUUGAGAUUGGGGACAAACGAUAGCACACGAAUGACUAUUCUGGGAGGAACGAACGCUGGAAGGGUCGGUAUCGGUACAACUUCCCCAGCAGCGCAAUUAGAUGUAUCCGGCUCCGUGAGCCAAACUAUCGAUAGCGGUGGU